CCUAAAACCCUAAUUCAUACUCAUCCGUUGGUAUAAAACCAAAGAAAGCAGCCGCAGCCUGGCCGUCCUCUUUCAAUCGCCCAAACCCUAAUUUUCUCUCUCAAUUUUUGACCACCUUCUCGUUAAUUCGUCAGGAAAAAUGUCGAGGAGGAAGACCAGAGAGCCUAAAGAGGAGAAUGUGACAUUGGGACCUGCUGUGAGGGAAGGGGAGAAUGUUUUUGGUGUUGCUCACAUCUUUGCUUCAUUCAAUGACACAUUUAUUCACGUCACUGAUUUGUCUGGGAGAGAAACCAUGGUUCGUAUCACUGGUGGGAUGAAAGUAAAAGCAGAUAGGGAUGAGUCUUCACCCUAUGCAGCCAUGCUUGCAGCACAAGAUGUUUCAACAAGAUGCAAGGAACUUGGAAUCACUGCUCUUCACAUCAAGCUCCGUGCAACAGGUGGAAACAAGACCAAGUCUCCUGGUCCUGGUGCUCAGUCUGCACUUCGUGCACUUGCUCGUUCAGGAAUGAAAAUUGGUCGCAUAGAGGAUGUGACUCCAAUCCCCACUGAUAGCACUCGCAGGAAGGGUGGUAGAAGAGGAAGGAGGCUGUGAGGUUCUAGCCCAGCAUCAGCACCAGCACCGAGGGAGCUUGCUUUUAGAAGUUAUUUUUAUUUGGGAAAGGAUUCUCCAAUGUUUUAUGUAAUGUUGCAUUUUGAUACUUAAAUGGAAGUUUUGUUGUCUGGCUUUGCCAAGAUUAUAAGUCUAUGAAUGUAUGGAGUCUUUGAAUGAAUUUGGUUUGUGGAUUA